CAAUCGAGACGCAGAUUUCUGCCCGAUUGCCGCCGUUCCCUAAAGCAUCAUUCGCGCCGGCACUUAGUCGCCGUCGGAUGCCUACCUAAAUUGUAGGCAAAAUUAUUAUUUCUAGUCUGAACUUAGCGCUUUCAUUUACAACUAGUGGCUGGCGCCAUGGACGGCCUGACGCUGCUGAUCGCCGCCGGCGUCAUCGUCGUGCUCGGAGCCAUGGUCUACCUGAUCUCGGUGACCGGCGUCAAGGAGAAGAGCUAUGACGAGGCCAUGGCUGAACAGCGCCGUGCCAUUCAGGAGAGCAAGGACCGUCAGGCCGCGCUGAAGAAGGAGACCCGACCGAAGCGACAUUACCAGAACCGGCGCCGCAAGGACAAGUCGGCCGCCGCCGCCGGAGAUGACAAGAAGCACAGCGAGGACGAACAGGAGGUGGCCGGCGGCACCCGUCUAUCUAUCAGCGAGACCAACGGAGCACAGGAGGAUUCCGACGACCCUUCUCCGGCGCCGAGCCCCCGACCGGCCGCUCGUGAGCCGGAGCCAGAGCCGGAGCCCGCCCCCGCCCCCGCCCCUGCCCCCGCCCCGGCCAAGAAGAACGCUGACAAGAAGAAGAAGGGAGGCAAACCCGAGCCGAAGCCCGAGGAGGAGAAGAAGCCCGCUGAGCCGAAGAUCGAGAAGGAAGCUGUGAAGAAGGAGCCGGCGAAGGAGCUGCCCAAGGAGUCGCCCAAGGAGAAACAUACCAAGGAGGUGGUGGAGAAAGAGGAGGAGGAUGAAGAGGUGGCUGAACCCGUAACCGAGACCGUCACGGCCUCCAAACAGGCGACCAACACCGAGGCUGCCCCGGGGGCCGCCAAGAAACGCCGACCGGCCGCCGAGAAACGCCGCAACCUCGCUGUUCCCGGACCCGACGGUCUGAGUCUGAAGAAGGUGCAGUCGAUCGUCGAGAUGGCCCCGCUGAGCCGCUCCGAAAUCCAGACGCUGAUCGAGCUGCUGCUCAACAAGCAGCAAUCGAGCACCGACUGGAUCGCCAAGGGCGCCCGUCCCGACCCGCUCACACAGCUGCGCAAACAGCUGGAGGAGGUACAGAAUCAGCUGAACGCCGAGCAGGAGUCGGCGGCCAGCAGCCAGGAGCGGCUGAAGCAGCUGCGCACCGAGCUGAACCAGGAGCGGGCGCGCGCCACGCAGCAGAAGCGCGCUGUGGACGAGCUGGCCGCGCAGCAGGCGGCUGAGGCGGCGCGCGGCGCGGCCCAGGAGCAGCGGCUGCGCGCCGAGCUGCAGCAGGCGCAGCAGCAGGAGCAGCGGCUGCGCGCCGAGCUGCAGCAGCAGGCGCAGCAGAUUCAGGAGAGCAGCCAGCUGCAGCUGCACCAGGCGGUCGCUGCCGAGAGGAUGCUCGUUCAGCGCGAGUUCGAGCAGAAGCAGCUGGAGCAGGAGGCGCAGCGCGCUGAGCACGAGGCGCUGAUGCGCAACUCGCAGCAGCGGCUCGAGGAGCGCGAGCGGCAGCUGGUGCAGCUGGAGGCGGCGCGCGCAGCUGUCGGCACCGAGCUGCAGCAGCUGCAGUCGCUGCACGGCGGCCUGGAGCGCGAGAACACGGCGCUCAAGCAGCAGCUGCAAGAGCUGCAGCACGCCGCCGACGCGGCCGGACGCGCGCAGGCGCAGCGCGAGGAGGCUGACCGGCAGCUGGCCGCGGGCAGACAGGAGGCCGAGAUGGCCCGCGGCCGCGCCGAGGCCGAGCUGGCCGAGACCCGCGCCCGUCUCUCACAGGCGCAGGGUGAGGCGAGCCGGCUGAUGAACGAACUGCAGGAGGCUAGGGUUGAGCUGGAGACGGCCCGUGAGGAGCCGGCGCACCAGAAGCAGAACGGCGAUGCGCGCCAGCAUGACGAGCACCUGGAGCAGCUGACCAGCCAGCUGGCGCAGCAGAAACAGGAGCUGGAGGCGCGCCGGCAGCAGCAGCAGACGGCGGAGGCGGCGGCGCGCCGGGCCGAGCGGCUGCAGGUCAAACAGCUACUGGUCGGGCUCUUCCCCACGGUCAACGCCGACCAACUCGAUGUGGAGUCGGCCGGCUGGUCGUCACAGCUGCAGGAGCGGCUGCGCUCUGUAACCGCCCCUGCCCCCGCUGCCGCCCCCGCCCCCGCCCCAGCGCCGGCGGCCGCGCCCUCAGCCGAUACCGCGGCUCUGGAGCGGCGCCUGCAUGAGAUGGCUGCUGAACAGAACGCUCUGAUGGCCCAGGUUCGCCACUACCAGAGCGUGCUGACAGAGACGGAGUCGAUGCUGACCCGCCUGCAGCUGUCGGUGGAGGACGGUGACCGCGACUGGGAGCGGCGGCUCUCGGACAAACAGCGCGAGGUGGACCAGCUCCGAGCGACGCUCAACACACAGGCCAGCUAAUGCCACCUCUGGCUCCGGAGCCGCCGCGCCGCGCCGGGCCGACCGCAGCGGCCGCCACCGCGCACAGCACGCGUCGAGUGAGGCACGGAUUCCAGUGGUUCAGGCGCGCCGCUGGCCCGGCCGGCCGGCGACACUGGUACGCGUGACACACACACACACAUACACAGACACACAAACACAGUACGGCCACGGGCGGCCGGGGCGCCGAUAUCCGCGGACGGGGCCGCGCGAUACGGUGCCGACGACGAAGCGCACCAAUAAUUAUGUUAUCUCUCGAGUGUGAGUGAGUGACCGACUGUUGAGUUGCCGCCGCCGCUGCUCCGCACGUGUGGCCCGUCGCCGUCGCUCGCUGGCGGACUUCUCGGCCGUGAACUUCUACUUAUGGAAGCCGCGCGUGCGACGCGGACGGCAGAGCCGAGGGCGUUAUGGCGUGCGCGAGCAAUAGGGGCGCGGACGCCGGCCGGCCGCGUUCGGUGGGGGAGACCUGUACAUAGCGGCGGCCGGCGCGGCGUGGCACGCGCGCCCACCGGCCGGGCCGCGCAGCCCUGGCUGUCAUCACCUAUCCCAAUAUAAUUAAUUUUGGAGAGAU